AUGACAGACAAGGAAAACAAAGAGACUCCUCGCCAGCUUUCUCAAUUCCCAAUAUGGCCUGAUGAGGCUCCAGGGUUUGGUCUCCUGCGAACCCCGGACGAAACCUAUCAGGCCUUCGCAAGUAUUGAGCUCGCUGCACCCACGGCAUUCCCCCCCAGGGUGGAUUUGAAUGCCGCCGGACAUGUGCAAGAUGAAUCAGAACGAUUCUUAUGGUACAACGCGAAAGCACGGGAUGGGAGUAGUAACCCCGACGAUAACCGCGGUACCUACAUUCAUAUUGGUAUAGCCAUUGCGCAACAGCUAGGUAGCUGCUGGGAAGGACAUUGUCCAUAUACCAGCCCGUUAACUCGCCCAACCGCUGAUGCAUAUGCCACUGCCACACGGAUGAAAGUAACGGCAGCGUAUAGGUUGACCGGUAACAGUGUCGACCACUACAAGGCGAUGCUAUCCAUUGGGUGGCCUGUCAUCACUGGCUUCGAUAUAUUUGGCACAGGAGCUGAACAGGAUUAUCUUAUGGGCGAAUAUACUCGGCGGACUGGGAUUAUGAAAAUGCCGCCAGAGCCAGUUCGUCCGAGAACAGCUGGCCAUGCAGUCGUGUUUGUUGGCUAUGAUGACAACAGCAGACUGUUCAAAUUCAAAAACUCUUGGGGCCCCACCGGUGAUCGAGGCUACUACUACAUGCCGUAUGAUUAUGUGAAGUACACAAGAGACGCGUGGGUGUUAUGGGGCCAGAAUAUCGACUUGCCAGUCAUCACCAAUGGUGUGACCGCCACUGUUGUUGGUGCUGCGGGAGACACCGGUGCUGAGAACGUCAAGAUCUCAGCUGGAAUCCAGCCCCUGGAUCUUUUGACUAUGCAGGCUUAG